GGACUGUGAUUGGCCUCCACGCCAGCUGUGAUGUCACAAAACGCUGCUGAUCAUAGGAGAGACAAUCUGGAGGCCUGUGUGACUCAUGUGGAGCCCUUCCCCUGUGAGCUGGUCUCCCCUCGGAAUAGAACACACACACAUAUAAUUAUGAUCACAUCAAGUGAUGGCAUGUUCAUCUGGUCACUUCAUCAGCACACGGUGAUGAAGAGGAGUUCCUGUCUGCUCUGGGGGGUGGUUCGUCCUGACUCGUGUGAUGAAGCUGUCAUGGCCGAGACUCCCUCCUCGUGCGGAGGUGUUCGACGUGGGCGACACCGCCUUGAUAAAUGCGGACGCUGGACUGGAGCCGGAGACGAGGCGUGAGCAUGGAGGAGGGAGACCGCUGCUGCUGCUGCUGCUGCGGAGAGGGAGGGAGAGAGGGAGGGAGAGAGAGAGAGGGAGAGAGAGAGAGGGAGAGAGAGGGAGAGGGAGAGAGGGAGAGGGAGGGAGAGAGAGAGAGAGAGGGAGAGGGAGAGGGAGCAGGAGGACGACGUUUCGCUCCACAGGUGAAGAAGCGACCGGCUUGCCUCGUUGCCGCGCUGCUGCUGCUCGUGUCCGCGGCUCUGGCUCUGCUGCUCGUGUACGGGGCUCGAUGUCAUCAGUCCCGGGACGGACAGCCCAUGAAGGAGCCUGACAGCCGCUCAUCAGGAACCAAAAGCAAACUGCAGCAGAUGACAGACGUCAUGAAUCCCAGUGCCAUGCUGACAGUUCUACUGGACAGUAACAGUGAGGGGGAAUACCUGGAGUGGGAGAGUGAAAAGGGAAACGCCCACUGUCGAGGCGGCUUCAACUACUCCGGCGGGGGCCUGGUGGUGCCCCGGACCGCCAUCUACAGGGUCUUCCUGCAGGUCACCUAUGAGCGGCGCAAAGAGUGCUCCGGCCAGCUGAGACUCAGCAACAGCGUGUUCUUCAUCACCGAGAGUUACAAACACAACGUGCUCUUGUUGUCGUCCGUGGACACGGUGAGCUCCAGCCUGGAGCAUUGGCGUAAAAGCCUGUACACGGCCGGCUCCUUCCACCUGGAGGCCGGCGGCCGACUGCGCGUGACGUCGUCGCACCGUGAAUGUGUCGUGGACAGAGAAGAGCUGCUGUUCUUCGGUGCUGAACAUCUGUCUUCUGAAGGGACUGUACCAUAAGCUCCAUGAAUACUGUAGCUAUUGUAUCUCUCGAUUAUAAACCCACAGAUUAUUUUUGCAACAUCAAGAAUCUACUUGAGACUUUUGAGUGUUAUGUCUUUGUCAGAUGAUGAUUCUGAUUUGCAGCUGAAUGUGAUUCGGAGCGUUGGUUGAAGACUCUGGAGAGUCACGUCCUUUAUAGAAAGUGAGUCUUGUCUGACAUUUGACAGAUUGAUCCUGACGAUGGCACAAGCACUGAGAGGUGUCGGUGAUAUCGUGGCAAACUACAAACCUUCUUGCAGUGGGGCACAGACGUGGAGCCUGUUGUCGUCUGACAGUGUUCGUCUGGGAUCAGUGAUGCUGUUUGAUUUAGACUGAGACUAAAUAAUAAGAGGAAUAAAGACUGAAAUGACUAUUUCAGUGCCUGCACCCAGGUGAGAACAGCACAUGGCAGCUCAUUGUGCUCCAGAAAGAACGACGCACGGGACAACGCAGAGUGUUGACAUGCACCGGUGGAUAAGCGGCGAACACCAGGUCGUGUCGUACCUGUCCUCCUCCGUCAGGCGCUCACUGACACCACCUCCUACCAGGGGAGCUCCAUGGUCAGAGCAGGGCUGCUUCUUUCUGUUCAUCACAAUGAAUCCGUUCUUCCACUUGAAUUAAUAUAUUGCCUGGCUGAAUCACACAGUUAUAAUUUGAACACGUCUUACAAUGUGUUGCCAUAGUGACCAUUACAUUCAUCAUACUUCUAUCCUCCUUUGAUCCCGGGGUUCAGCGUGAGCUGCGGUUGUCUUGUAUGAAACCAUCUGACGGCCUGAAGCAGCUCGGACACUCUGAACAUACGCUGUUCAUUUUUAUAUUUGUAGUAUCUGUGUAUGUUGUGAAUAAAAACCAGAGAAACAUGAGAA